UAUAACCGGAGAGACACCAGCAGCCUUUACCAGUGUGUCUCAAGCCGAAGACAUGUUGCGAGUCCUCGUUCAGACCCUCCUGCUGGGGGUUGCCAGCCUCACACUCCUGUACACAGGAGUGGAGGCUCAGAUGUGUGAGACCAUCUCCAUGAUCACUGAGACCCCUAACAGCUACGAUGCCAACUUCACUGCCCAGACCCUCAUACCACUAGUUGAUGGUGUUGACUGUAUAAUUACUUUCGACUCUCCUCCUGACAGCAUAACUUUCUGGGACGGCUCCUUGGAAAAGAUCGAUGACACUCACUACAGGUUUUACAACGAUAGGUUCUACGAGACGGGCGUCAUUAUACAGCCCUUCCACUUCAAGGUGUCCUACACUGACGUCAAGCCCAACAUUGUUGGCAUUGAUCUGAAUGGCCAGGAUGUUUGCGACGGGACCCUGCAGUGGACCACUGAGACACCUUUCAUAAACACCUGCGAACCUACUGGAAUGGGGAAAUAUGACUACGCCCAGGUCUUGUGCAUGUCCUUCCUGUUCUACGAAGCUCAGCGGUCGGGUCAUCUGCCUGAUGAUCAACGUGUUACUCCAUGGAGGUGGGACUCUGCCUUGGGCGAUGGCUCUGAUGUGGGUCAUGACCUUACUGGCGGUUACUACGACGCUGGUGACCACGUUAAGUUUGGCUUCCCGAUGGCCUAUACAGCCACUGUCCUGGCCUGGGGGCUCAUCGACUUUGCUGAGGGUUAUGAGAAAGCUGGUCAAACGGAAUAUGGUCGUGCUGCAGUCAAGUGGGCCACAGACUACUUCCUCAAGGCCCACACUGCUGAAUAUGAAUUUUACGGCCAGGUUGGAGCGGGACAAGUGGACCACAGCUUCUGGGGUCGACCUGAAGACAUGCACAUGGAACGACCCUCCAUGAAGAUUGACAAGAGCGCACCAGGAAGUGACCUGGCUUGUGAGACUGCUGCCGCCCUCGCUGCUGCCUCCAUUGUCUUCAAGGAGGUUGACUCCGCCUAUUCGGCCGAGCUGUUGGACGUAGCCAAGGAGCUCUAUGCCUUCGGUGAUGAGUACCGCCUCGAGUACCACUUGUCCAUCACCGACGCUACAGACUUCUACAGGUCGUGGAGCGGGUACGGAGAUGAGCUGCUGUGGGGAGCGCUGUGGCUGUACCGAGCUACAGAAGAUGACACCUACCUCACCAAGGCUCAGGCAGCCUGGGAUGAGUUUACUCUGGGCGAGGGCGCACUACAGUUCUCCUGGGAUGACAAGAAGGCCGGCGCUUACGCUCUGGGCUCACUAGUAGACCCUAGCAGUACCAUGUACGAGGAAGCCUUAAAGGCGUUCCUUUCUUACCUGAAGACUGAGGCCCAGUACACCCCAGGUGGUCUUGUCUACCUGGACGCUUGGGGCUCCAACCGUCACGCUGCUAACGUUGCCUUCAUCUCCCUCUUUGCAGCCAAGUAUGGAGACCAAGCAGAUGCAGCCGCUAACACGGAAUGGGCUACAGGCCAGCUCGGAUACAUCCUGGGUGACUUCGGACACUCCUUUGUCGUGGGCUAUGGUGUAGAUCCUCCCACACGUCCCCACCACCGCUCCAGCUCGUGCCCGAUUCCUCCACAGUCGUGUCUGAAAGACAGCUGGGGUCAGAUCCAGCCAGGACCCAACCCUCACACUCUCUACGGUGCUCUCGUCGGCGGUCCUGACUCAGGUGACGGCUACACCGACGUCCGCACAGAUUACCAGCAUAACGAGGUUGCUUGUGAUUACAACGCCGCCUUCAGUGGAGCUCUGGCAGCUAUGGUAGAGAUCAGUUAGACGACGCUCUCCUCUCCCAUGAAACUAAUUAAUGAAGAUACUUCAGUGAUGCAGUUUGCUUGCAAUAUGUUUACAUUUUCACUCAGACCAUCUAGAGAUGAACAAAGAAAUUAAAUAAUGGUUAGCAGCA